CUAGACAAGUCUGAUAGCACUGUGAGGAUUAUGUUUUUUGAUUUUUCAAGUGCUUUUAACACCAUACAGCCAGUGCUGCUACGUGAGAAGCUGGAGCUGAUGCAGGUAGACACCACCACAACAUCAUGGAUCAUGGAUUACCUGACUGACAGACCACAGUUUGUGAGGCUGGGGAGGUCUGUGUCUGAGCGGGCGGUCAGUGGCAUAGGAGCGCCGCAGGGGACUGUGCUGUCCCCUUUCCUCUUCACACUAUACACCUCAGACUUCCAGUAUAACUCUGAGGCUUGUCACUUACAGAAGUUCUCAGACGAUACUGCGGUAGUAGGGUGUAUCAGUGGUGGAGAGGAGACAGAAUACAGGAUGCUGGUGGAUAACUUUGUUGCAUGGAGUGGGAAGAACCACCUGGUGUUAAAUGAAACAAAGACCAAGGAAAUGGUGGUGGACUUUAGGAGGGACAGGCCUGAGCUAAGCACCAUCUCUAUCCUUGGGGAUGAGGUGCAGGACCGGAAGCACCACACAGAGGCCGUCUACAAGAAGGGUCAGAGCAGACUCUACUUCUUGAGGAAGCUUAGGUCUUUUAAUGUGUGUAGCAAAAUGUUAUCCAUGUUUUAUCAGACUGUUGUGGCAAGUGCCAUUUUCUUUCAUCAGGGCUUGUGACUCUAAAAAGCUUAACAAGCUGAUUAGGAGGGCUGGCUCUGUGCUGGGGACUCGCUGUGGAGCCCCUGGAGGUGGUGAUGGGGAGAAGGAUGAUACAGAAACUGUUUAACAUUAUGGACAAUAACAUGCAUCCCUUACACAAUCUCGUGUGUGAACAAAAGAGUGUUUUUAGUGGGAGGCUACGGCAGCUAAACUGCAAAAAGGACAGAUUUAAAAAUACUUUUUUACCUACUGCAAUUGCACUUUAUAACGACUCCCCUUUAAGUAAGGACAGAAGACAUUUAAACUUUUAAACUUUAGCCUGAGUUGCAUAUAUCAUAUAUCAAACUGUAUGGUGGGCUCAUGUUUUUUGGUAUGGGUGGGAUAUGUACGUAUAUAUGUGUUGUGUUGUG